AUGGAUGCAUUCGGCACGGCAGUAAACGGUGUCAGCUACACAGAGGUGGCCGAUGUGUUCCAGCCAGAAGACCCGUUUGCGGGACCCUUGCGGUCCAUCGCGCCGUGGAACUUCAAAGUGCUCGCCGCAUGGAUGUUCCUGGUCACGGCGCUCUCGCUGUCAGAGAACUUUCUGGUCAUGCUCGUCACCUACAAGUUCAAACAGCUUCGGCAGCCCCUCAAUUACAUCAUUGUUAAUCUGUCUCUGGCCGACUUUCUCGUGUCCCUGGUCGGGGGGACCAUCAGUGUGGUCACCAAUUACCACGGCUACUUCUUCCUGGGGACGUGGGCGUGCGUGCUGGAGGGCUUCGCUGUCACUUUUUUCGGUAUAGUGGCUUUGUGGUCUCUGGCCAUCCUUGCAUUUGAGCGCUUCUUUGUGAUUUGUCGGCCCCUGGGAAACAUCCGUCUGCGGGGAAAACAUGCAACACUGGGCCUGCUGUUUGUUUGGACCUUCUCUUUCAUCUGGACCAUCCCACCUGUACUGGGCUGGAGCAGCUACACAGUCAGCAAGAUCGGUACCACCUGUGAACCCAACUGGUACUCUGGAGACCCUUACGACCACACCUACAUCAUCACGUUCUUCAUCACUUGUUUCGUCAUGCCUCUGGGUGUCAUCAUCGUCUGCUACGGCAAGCUCCUGAGGAAGCUCAGGAAGGUUGGUCUGGUGUCCAACACCCAUGGCAGGUUGGGGAAUGCGAGGAAACCUGAGCGGCAGGUGUCUCGUAUGGUGGUUGUGAUGAUUGUGGCCUUUAUGGUGGCCUGGACCCCAUACGCCAUUUUUUCCAUCACUGUUACUGCGCAUCCCACCAUCUAUUUAGACCCCAGACUGGCUGCUGUUCCUGCCUUCUUUGCCAAAACUGCUGCGGUCUACAACCCUGUCAUCUACGUCUUUAUGAACAAACAGUUCAGAAAGUGCCUCAUCCUGCUGUUCAGCUGCAGUGAUAGCACCAUGGUGGAGGUGAACCAGACCACAGAGCGUGCAGGCAUGACCGGCGAGAGCAACACGGGAGAGAUGUCGGCCAUAGCGGCCCGAAUUCCAAUUGCCAGGAGCGCCCCGCAAAAGUCUGAUGAGCAGCAGAGUGAUUGUAGCUCCUACGCCCAGCUGCCUAUCCCCGAGAACAAAGUUUGCCCCAUGUAG